CACAGGCUGAUGCGGUAAAAACAUAAAGUGUCACAUUCAUUUAAGUAAUUAGAUUGUGUUUUAAAUUAGUGUCUCUUUCAUCUUGAAAUCUAGCACCAAUCAUGCCAGAAGACAGGAACAACAAUAGAAAAAAGAAGAAAAAGAAGAACAAGGUUUCUGCUACUGACCAAAAACUAAAAGAGAAACCUGAGAGAUUAUCUUCAAUACCCCAGCUGCCCCCUCAGGAUUCAGGUCAGGUUCAACUUCCUGAUCUCAGAGCUGCCGGUAAAAAAGCCAGAGAUCAUUGCCCUUGCCGUGCAGUGAGCAACGAAGAACAACUAAAAGAUUCAAAAAGUCUUGUUGCAGAGACUUCUACAGCCAGUGACAGCAAAGAACCUGCACAUGUGAUGGAACUCAGCGUCCAGGCCAGGGAGAGCCUGAGGUGGGAAGGAGAGCUGCAGGACCCGCAGGAAGAGGCGAAGAGGCUGGAGCGGUAUAGAGCCAGCAGGCGACAGCGUUACAUCACACACAGAGAGGCAUUGUUGAAAGAAACCCAGCAGAACGGAAGACUUCAGCAAACUAAUAAAAAACAAAAAAUGUUGGUGCUGUAGUUAAGUAGUAAAUUAGGGCUUUGCAAUGUUUAUCAUUUUAGGAAUCACUGGACCACAAAUUAACACUGACUUUACAAACAAGCUGUAUUUUUUUUUUUUUUGCCAUGCAUUGAAACGAACCUCUGGAGCUCUUUCUUCUGAAUCGGCAUAUCGGAAUCAGAAGAUUUCCACAGUCCUGCUCAUGCUCUUAAACAAUUCAACACUUGAAGGAAAUAAUUAAAUGCAAGACAACAGCCAAUGAUUAAGUGAGCCCCUUAAAUUUAACCAAAUGGUUGU